AUGUGUUGUGCCGAGGCCGACCUCGGACUCGACAUCUUCACCAAGGCUCCAUUCAGGGAAAUAUAUUUGUCAAGAUCGUGUUCAACCGAUGAGUGGCCUACUAUCGGACCACUCUAUGACAUCAACCUCAUGAGAGCCCACGCAACGAGCCAAGUCUUCAAAUACGCCGACUCAAACCAACUAUACUUCACACUGCCAAAUCCGUCUAUGCCAAAAGACGAUGCCCCCAAAAUGCGGCCCCGAAGAAGCGCCAUCCAAUCGAACGCGUCG